CGAUUAGAAAUAGCGCUAGGAUCAAUGGAUUGUUUGGAAUCUGGCAUGGAUGCAUGCAUGUAAUAAUUGUAUUGUCACAAACGAGCUAAGUAGUGCUUCUCCAGAUCCCCAAUCAGCUGGUUUAAUUAAUUACCAGAUCGAGUAGUGGCUAUUCAGUAUACAAUAGGCCAGUAUGAUAAUUGCAUUGUUAUGUUAUUGUUGAAGAAUUGGCUUCUUGUCCCGAGAAAGCGAUGCAUGUCGUCAUAAGUAACCGCCUUUCCCAAAAACAAACCAAGGGGAUCAUCGUCAACUCCCGCCGCAUUCCAUCUUUGUCGGCCACUCUAGAGGAGGAAGCAGAAGAACAAGAAGAAUUAGAAAAGCAAAUAACAAGCUCUGGUAGCUGUCAAUGUUGAUGCAAUGAUUCUCUCUGGCUGGUCAUAGAGAGGCAAACAAAGGCACCAAUUCAUUCUCGACUAGACGACCAUGGCGUCGCUGCUGGAGGUCGCGGCCGCGACAAGCUCCGCGAUCCUUAGACUAGCUACUUUCUUCUUCCUUCGAUGGAUCCCCGGAAGCGUGAUACCAAGUGUUAUUUUCACGUCCUUGGCAGUCUACUUGACGUCGCUGAGAGCUCUGCUUGCGCAGCCCGCAGAUGGCGAGACGUCAACGAGCAAGACUCAGAAAGUCAAAGAUGAAUCCAAGUCCUCCGCAAUUGAUGAAUUUCAAAGAAGAGUCAAGUCCUCCAGAGAGGACGAGUCGUUCAGCUCCCUUCUGAAGACCUUGUUGACUGGACUUCCCUCCCGCAAAUCGAGACUAUCCACUCUGGUUACGGCAGGAGUCAAUGUACUGUUGGCGUUGUUGACAUUUGACUUUCUCUUCCGUGGUAUGAUCUUCUACCCGACUAGUAGUCUCGCGUUUUCUCGCAUUGGAUAUGUCUCCCCGACGACUGCAAAGUUGCUGGUGCGGGAGCCAGAUCGUGCACAGCUUCCCUUGGUGGUGUACCACCAGGAAGCAUCUAUGCAGCCGAACGAGAGCUGGACACAGGAGGGCAUCAUCUACGCGCUGGACGACACCACCGACUACACGUAUCCAGUUACACUGAAGAAUCUAAAACCAUCCACGCAAUACCGAUACUCCCUGUCGAACAACAAAACUGGCACCUUUAUCACCGCUCCCACACCAGGAUCGCGGGCAGCAAGCAGGUUAAGCUUCCUCACGUCGAGUUGUAUCAAGCCGAAUUUCCCGUACAACCCAUUCUCACAUCCUCUGCGCAUCCCUGGCAUUGAGUAUGCCGCUGAGGUUGUUUCCAAACUACCGUCCAUUAUCCGGCCUUCUUUCAUGCUAUUUCUAGGGGACUUCAUCUAUAUCGAUGUUCCCAUGCGGUUCGGAUCUUCUCAGUCGCACUACAGAAGCGAGUACCGUCGUGUGUACAAGUCUCCUUCCUGGAAUGUCCCCGAGGAAAGUCCAGCUAUCGAUUUACCCUGGCUACAUAUUCUGGAUGAUCACGAAAUUUCAAACGACUGGUCCAAGGGAAACACGACACCACCGUAUCCGGCAGCUGCAGAGCCGUAUGCUCAUUACCAUGUCAGCGUCAAUCCGCCGAUUCCACCAUCCCCUUUCGCCGCCCCUGAAAAUACCACAUACUUCUCGUUUAUCCAAGGACCCGCAUCCUUCUUUAUGCUCGAUACGCGCACCUAUCGCUCUGAACCGGCCCAGCCAAACUCCACCAUUCUCGGCUCUGCCCAACUGCAGUCACUGCUGGCCUACCUCGCGCGUCCAGAACCUGCAGACGUGAAAUGGAAGAUCGUAGCUUCCAGUGUGCCGUUCACGAAGAACUGGCACGUCGGCACGACCGACACCUGGGGCGGAUUCUUGAACGAGCGACGUAUCGUGUUCGAGGCUAUGUGGCGCGCGGAGCGUGAACUCGGGGUGCGCAUCGUCCUUCUCAGCGGUGAUAGGCAUGAAUUCGGUGCCACGCGCUUCCCCGACCCUUCAUUGAACUUAAGACCCGAUGACCUCCUCCCUGACACAGCUGGUGACGGCCUACACGAAUUCAGUGUCGGCCCAUUAAGCAUGUUCUACCUCCCCAUCAGGACAUAUUAUCAAACAGACGACGAGGACGUGACCGUGAAAUACGUUCCGAAUGGAAACAGCAAAUUCGGCCUGAUCGACAUCGAUAUUUACGACGAGGAGAACCCCAACCUGGACGACCCAACCAGUCCUCCCACACCCAGUUCGGUCCUCACAUACUCUCUCUAUGUUGACGGGGAGGUUGUCUGGAAGUACCGACUUGCCGUCCCGCUCUAUCCUCCAGGAUACGCGCCUCUCAAGCUCCCGCCGGGAAGAGUCCUCCUUGACAACACGGUGUCUUCGGGAUGGGGUCUACAAGAAGCUGUUGGUCGAUUUGAGGAGCAUCUAGGCUGGUUGAGAGAUAAUGUUCGAGAGAAGUGGUGGAGUUUUCUUGAAAAGGAGCGGAAAGCAGAACGCGUUGAUUGAUAAUUUUCCAUUUGUGCAAUGGGCGAAACUACAUGGGAUUUCCUAUCCUAUUCUGCCUUUUUGAACCCCUUUUCUCUUUUUCUCUUUUUUUUCCCUUUUUGUCUUGUUCUACUCCCAACUCAGGCCGAUAGUAAUACUUGUGACGUUAUAUUCGAUAGCAUAUGCAGAGAAUUCAUCAUAUACUAGAAUAGAGUUGAGCACGAAAAGU